CGUGCGCGUUGCUGUUGUUUUUUUUCUCUCGCGUGUGAAAAAUCUCAAACCCCACCCUCCCCAGUCCAAAAUCCAAUUUACGAAGAAGGGGACAUAACAUUAUAACACAACUAGAACAGCAUUUUCUCUAAUCCUACUCGCGGGACUCGGAAUUAACAAGAAGAGUGCCCAAAAGUCAACAAUUUCGAUUCUUGCCCCUUUCACCACCAUUACUUCUUCAUUCAUUCAUUCCCCCAACCUUUCUCGUCUCUCUCUCAGAGGGGAUCUAUGACCAGCUGAUGAUGGAUGGUGGCUGGGUAUUCACCUGAAUUUGUUCAUUCGUGAUACCCUUUGAUUGAGUAUCUGAGCAGUGGCCUCCUUGAUUUUCAAUGGCUAACCCAACACAACCUAAUGUUGGGUUCACCCCUGAGAGAGAGAGUUCAAACCCUGAGAAGAGUCCAAUUCCGCCCCCUCCAAGUUUUGUAGCCUCACCACCUGGUUUUCCUCCACCAAAAUUGCAUUUACAGCAAGAUCAAGCUUCUUCCCGUUCCGUUAAAACCCCAAACGUUUUAUCACCAGCCAAUGGGGUUACCACUGGCAGUCCUGUUCCUCACUUGAGCACCCCUCCUGGACCCCCAGUUUUUACGUCGCCGGUCCGUCCAGCUGCUGUUCCGUUUCGUACGUCGCCUGCAUCACCUCAGCCACUUGCAUUUUCUUCCGCCUCUUCUUUGCCAACAUCAUCAUCGCCGCUGCAAUUUUCAAAUGGAUCGUUUGAGUCGCAGCACCAAGUUUCUGAUAGUAUAGAGGACCAUGUUCCCUUGGGAGAGUCAUCCUUUGUUCUCUUUUCAGCUCAUAAGGUAUUGAAACGGAAGAAACAAGCUAAUGUACCCAGUUUGGGUUUUGGGGCAUUGGUCUCUCCUGGGAGGGAGGUUUCAAUGGGCCCUCAGAUAAUACAGCGUGACCCUCAUCGCUGCCAAAGCUGUGGUGCUUAUGCUAAUAUAUAUUGCAACAUAUUGCUUGGAUCAGGCCAGUGGCAGUGUGUUAUAUGUCGGAAACUGAAUGGAAGUGAGGGGGAGUACAUUGCGCACAGCAAGGAAGAUCUUCACAGAUUUCCGGAAUUAUCUUCACCCAUGUUUGACUAUGUUCAAACUGGGAACAAGAGACCUGGUUUUGUUCCAGUUUCAGAUUCCAGAAUGUCUGCCCCAAUUGUUCUUGUUAUAGAUGAAUGUUUAGAUGAACCUCAUCUACACCAUCUACAGAGUUCUUUGCAUGCUUUUGUUGAUUCUCUCCCGCCAAUAACUAGAUUAGGAAUUAUACUAUAUGGUCGUACUGUAUCAGUGUAUGAUCUUUCAGAAGAGGCUAUGGCAUCUGCUGAUGUGCUUCCUGGGGACAAAUCACCAAGUCAAGAAUCUUUGAAAGCAUUGAUUUAUGGUACUGGUAUAUACUUGUCACCAAUGCAUGCUUCGCUGGCUGUUGCACAUUCCAUAUUUUCAUCAUUGAGGGCAUAUAAAUUGAAUGUACCAGAAGUUUCUCGUGAUCGGUGCCUAGGAACUGCUGUUGAGGUUGCUCUUGCUAUAAUUCAGGGCCCAUCUGCUGAUCUGUCCCGGGGGGUGGUCAAAAGGUCAGGGGGAAAUAGUAGAAUUAUUGUCUGUGCUGGCGGACCAAACACUUAUGGGCCUGGAUCUGUUCCUCAUUCUUUUAGUCACCCUAAUUAUCCUUACAUGGAAAAGACAGCAAUUAAAUGGAUGGAGAAUCUUGGUUGUGAGGCUCAUCGACACAAUACUAUAAUUGAUAUUUUAUGUGCUGGAACAUGCCCUGUAAGAGUUCCUAUCUUACAUCCUCUUGCAAAAACAUCAGGUGGAGUUUUGGUUCUCCAUGAUGAUUUUGGGGAAGCCUUUGGUGUUAAUUUGCAAAGGGCAUCUGCCAGAUCAGCAGGCUCUCAUGGUUUGUUAGAAUUGCGCACGUCAGAUGAUAUUCUCAUUACUCAAGUUGUUGGUCCUGGGGAAGAGUCACAUGUAGAUACCCAUGAAACAUUUAAAAAUGACACUGCUCUUUAUAUUCAAAUGCUAAGUGUUGAGGAAACACAAAGUUUCUCUCUCUCCAUGGAAACUGAAGGAGAUAUCAAAAGUGAUUUUGUCUUUUUUCAAUUUGCAAUUCAGUAUUCAAAUGUGUAUCAAGCUGAUGUGUCGAGGGUCAUUACUGUUAGACUGCCAACGGUAGAUAGUAUUUCUGCAUAUCUUGAGAGUGUUCAGGAUGAAGUGGCCGCUGUACUCAUUGCAAAAAGAACCCUGUUACGAGCCAAAAACCAUUCUGAUGCAAUUGAUAUGCGAGCAACAAUAGACGAAAGAAUCAAGGAUAUUGCUCUAAAAUUUGGCUCCCAAUUACCUAAAUCUAAACUUCAUAGCUUCCCUAAGGAGCUUUCUCUCCUACCGGAGCUCCUUUUCCAUCUCAGGAGAGGACCACUAUUGGGAAGCAUUAUUGGCCAUGAAGAUGAGAGGUCUGUGCUGAGAAACUUGUUUCUGAAUGCAUCCUUUGAUCUAUCACUCAGAAUGGUAGCUCCUCGUUGUCUAAUGCACAGGGAGGGGGGAACUUUUGAGGAGCUACCGGCGUAUGAUCUUGCUAUGCAGUCUGAUGCUGCUGUUGUACUUGACCAUGGCACUGAUGUCUUCAUUUGGUUGGGUGCUGAACUAGCAGCUGAUGAAGGAAGAAGUGCUGCUGCUCUAGCUGCAUGUAGGACAUUGGCUGAAGAACUGACUGAAUACCGUUUUCCAGCACCUCGAAUCCUUGCAUUUAAGGAGGGUAGCUCCCAGGCUCGAUAUUUUGUCUCUCGUCUCAUUCCUGCUCACAAGGAUCCUCCUUAUGAGCAGGAGGCAAGAUUCCCACAACUGAGGUCGUUGACAUCAGAACAGCGAACAAAGCUGAAAGCCAGUUUUGUUCACUUCGACGAUCCUAGUUUCUGUGAAUGGAUGCGAAGUUUGAAAGUGGUGCCACCACAACCAAGUUGAUGUUGGAGACCACCUAAAGGGUCUUGGGUGCAUGUUCCAACUCGUUCGUUAUUCUUUGUUAAGUUGGUGAAGCCAAGUUUGUUUGCAUGAUUUGGGGAACACAAUGAGAUCUUGCAGAUGUCCCCCGAGACUCUCGCCUCAGUGCCUCCCUCCCAUUCAUUUUGUUCACUUAAAACGUCCAAAAAAUUGCAAGGUGCAAAAAAAGCUUUUUUUUGGGGGGUGGGGUGGGGUGGGGGGAGGGAUGACUGUGACAAAGAAAUUUUUCACAAUUUUCGGUUAAGAUGUUACCAUAGAGCAAUAAAAGGAUUUCUCGUUAUUUAUAUUUAUACCACUUGUUGGCUGCCAAGUGUUUUAUUCAAUCUCUUUCUUUAGUCUCUCAUUCCUAGUGCCUGCUUGUUUUAGAUUUUGUAAAUUUUAACUACUGAACAUGAUUGAGAUGCGUUUAAACUAUUGAACAUGAUUGAGAUGCGUGUCAGAAUUAGUUUUAGUUAGAAGUUUUAUAUUGAAAUGUGACUCUGCGUUUGGAGAA